AAUGUAUCUGGGACCUAGACAUGGCACCUGGAAUGCGUCUUCGUUACGUGAAGGAACUGCUUGCAAGUGAAAGAUAGCUGUAGCCUACGUUACCUAAAAUUAGCUUUAACAGCGUUAUGCAAGAUGCUAAACAUUGUGCUGGAUUAGUAGAGUAUUUAGUUGACAUUAGUCAGUAUUAACUAAUCUAAUGUUGCAAAUAAGGGUAUGUAUUUGCUGAAAGGCCAAAUGUGCAACAGUGUGACGAUAAGUCGAUAUGAGCCCUAUGAUGCUCGAGCUAGCUAGCUCUUGACGGCUGGCUAACGUUAAUGUUAUGACAGGGAUGCUCAAUGAAUUCAUGCUGUAGAUUAGCCCCUCCGUAUGCUAUAUUGUUAGUAAUAUUGGCAGCUGUAGUAACGUUGACGUUAGCUGUUAAGGUGACAAUUGACGUUAAUGAAAGUUGAGGAUGCCGAGGUUGGUUCAUCUUAUUAGACGCAAUGGGCCCUUUGCGAAAGACUAGCCUGCAGCAAAAGCACGAGGUAAGUUCUCUUGAAUUGAAAUGUUGUUGGUUGAGAGCUUGGUCAAUGUCAACUGCACGGAAUGACUCUUGACAGUGAUUAGUUGGCUGCAAUGCACAAAGCAGUGAGUGCAUAGCACAUACGAUACGACUGUCACGUGUUUUUGGCUGUCAAAAUGAGCUUUGUAUAGGUCGGGAAUACCUUUUCAGUUAGAUGGAUAGUCGCCACUUCAGAACCCAGCAAACGGCAGAUUUCUGCGCCACGGUGAACAACAUUACCAUAAUCAUUGCGAUCAACCACGCAUUUUGAAGGCAAAUAUGAUUUUCCAUCAAGACCCAAAAUAGACGAUGCAUUUUCAACCAACCAGAUUCUUGGAGAAAAGCACACGUGCCUCCCACUUCUGGAUGUAACCAAUCAGUUUAGCAAACAGUUGUUGGGUUCCGGUUUCAACAAAAUUAGACAACUAAAACGCAUGCUGUCCCUCCUGGAUGUUGAUAUUGAGAUUUUAAAAGCCGUGAACGCUUGAAGCCACAGUUUGUCAACACUUAGAGAGCUCCGGUAUCAACAGCCAUGCCAGCUUCCAGACACGAGGACAACUCAUUUCUCCAAAAUGCCCUGUUUGGGAUGGGAAACCCUCUGCUGGACAUUUCUGCGGUGGUGGACAAGGACUUCUUGGACAAGUACGGACUGAAGCCCAAUGACCAGAUCCUGGCAGAGGACAAACACAAAGAACUGUUUGAUGAGAUUGCCAAGAAGAGCAAAGUGGAGUACCAUGCCGGAGGCUCAACGCAGAACUCUGUCAAAAUUGCCCAGUGGAUGAUCCAGGAGCCCCACAAAGUGGCCACGUUCUUUGGCUGCAUCGGCACGGACCGCUUCGGUGAGAUCCUCAAGCAGAAGGCCGCGGAGGCCCACGUGGACGCGCAGUACUACGAGCAGAGCCAGGAGCCCACCGGCACAUGUGCUGCCUGCAUCACAGGAGAGAACAGGUCCCUGGUUGCUAAUCUGGCCGCGGCGAACUGCUACAGCAAAGAGAAGCACCUGGACCUGGACGCCAACUGGGGCCUGGUGGAGAAGGCCCGCGUCUUCUACAUUGCAGGCUUUUUCUUGACCGUGUCGCCAGCCUCCAUUCUGAAGGUGGCCAAGCACGCAUCAGAGAACAACAAGGUGUUUGGCCUGAACCUGUCAGCGCCGUUCAUCAGUCAGUUCUUCAAGGAGCAACUCAUGAGCGUCAUGCCCUACGUGGACGUUUUAUUCGGCAAUGAAACGGAGGCAGCCACGUUUGCCCGAGAGCAAGGCUUUGAGACAGAGGAUAUUGGAGAAAUUGCACAGAAGGUGCAGAACCUGCCGAAGGUGAACAAGAACCGCCAGCGAAUCGUGGUCUUCACGCAAGGCAAGGACGACACCGUGGCCACCGUCGGUGAUAAUGUGACGAAUUUCCCAGUGCUAGACAUUGAUCAGAAUGACAUUGUGGACACUAACGGGGCUGGAGAUGCUUUUGUUGGAGGUUUCCUGUCGGAACUGGUCCUGGAGAAGCCCCUGGAGCAGUGCAUCCGGGCCGGCCACUACGCCGCCAACGUCAUCAUCCGGCGUGCGGGGUGCACCUUCCCAGACAAGCCCGACUUCCAAUAACCUCCACAACCUCACGCCUCUUCCUCCUCCUCUUCAUCUUCCUCUUCCCCUAAACACUGUGUAUUUCCAUAUCCUCUGCCUCUCUCUCUUUUUUGAUCUCUGCCUGUCCACGCAUUCACUAUAAAGUGCACUAUUAAAAACCAUAUAGUAGUUAUUCACUAUAUUGUGCACUGCAUGACGCUAUGUGCACUCUAAAGUAAAUAACUAAUGAGGUUGCUAUUCACUUUAAAGUGCACUAUGUAGUGAGUGAGUGGAUAUUCUGAACAUAGACACUUUUUGUUUUGUAUUUUUUCAGCCUCUGUAAUGUUGCCUGCAUCUCAGACUCUUAAUGUGCCUCUAUGUUUUUGUUUACACUUUCUAUUCCUUGGCAGGGCUCCACAGAUAUUGCAAAUGUGUAUGUCUGAUGCAUCACACUAAAAUUAAUUCCUCCGUGUGUGAGAAGCAGCCUGAACUUGAACUGUAGCUGUCCAAAACAGCAUCACAGUAGUCUUUUUUUUUUACACACAAAUAGCAAUCUCCUUUGUAUUUAAUACUGAAAUGAAAGAAAAUAUGUAAAGAAAAUCCAGUAUUUGGAAUGCAAACAUAGAAUAGCAGUCAAAUGUAAGUGUAAUUGAUGUCAUAGAUUUCAUAUUUCAGGCUAAGGAACAAGAAUAGACAUAUUUGGCAAUUAUUGUUGUGAAGCUCAGGUUGUAUCUGUAAACACACAAUCCAAUAUUUAAAAGAAAAGGUACACGCUUGUUGUUUGUUGAAGGUCAAGAUCUGUCUGUAUACUCUAUAACACGGCCAAGCGUCAACGUAAUGCAAUCAGACAAGACAAAUAAAUAGAAGAAGAAGAGAAAAAAAUGAUUGAGAAUGAUUUUGAAUGUGAA